CUUAAAGACCUAUCCAUUGUCCUCUCGCCCUCGUCAUUAUUAUUCCAUACCGAUCUAUCACCAGUCUUUAAAACAUCCCUUGGUCCGAGUCAUUGCGGUCGAACCACCUCCCCAUUCCUUUCUCUAUCACAGACUCUUUGAUUGCACCAUUGUAUUUCAGCCUUCUGGUCCCACUCAUCCUAGAUCCCUUCUUCCCGCUUACAAGGCGUCCAUUCUAGUGUCACAAAGAAUUUCUAGAAAGACCACUUGUCUCAGGACACACACCUUGUCGCAAUGACGGUCUUCGUCGCUUCACUCUUCCUUCCCUACACCAUCAACUUCCAAGCUACUGAGCUGAGAUAUGCUCGUCGCAAAUCGUCCAGCAGUUCCUCUCAGGGAGACGGGAAGAUUGUAGGGCGGCUGGCUGAUACCAAUCGGAAGCGUCAUUCCAAGAGCAUCAGUCUCUACACACCAGGGGCAACCACUGAAGAUGAACGGAUCUUCAAGCCAUACAUUUCCCGAGCUGCGGGGGAGAUCCCCAUUGCAGAUGACCCCAAUGGUCCGGGUCCUAGCGAGCCUCGGACAGUCUCCUGGGGCCAGAGCCGGAAGUUCAACCAGCCACGCUCCAAGGCUUCUCUGUACCCGGAACCAUCUAUCCUCAGUCGAUUUGAAAUAGACGAGCUAGGUAACCCGGCAUAUCUGGAUGCUCCCUUGGAUGCCAUCAGCUCGGAGGAAGAGCAUGGCAGUCCGCGAGCACUGCUCUCUGAAAUGGACUGGGUCGUCAAAGCUGCUGAGCAAGGCAAUGGUGGCCUGCGAAAUGCCAUUAAUGCCGCCGAAGAGGCUGGCAUGCUGACUGACAAGAUGUGGGUGGGGACCUUGGGUAUGCCCACCGACUCCUUGAAGGACGAGACUCGUGCCAGUAUCUCCGAGGCCCUUGAAGAUGAGUUCGAGUCCUUGACCGUCUUCGUCAACGACAGCGAGUUCGAGGGGCACUACACCCAUUUCUGUCGUGCCGUCCUUUGGCCUGCCUUCCACUACCAAAUGCAGGAAAGCCCUCGACACACAGAGUAUGAUGAUUACUCUUGGAAACAGUACGUGAGGGUCAACGAGGCCUUUGCGGACAAGAUCGCUGCCUACUGGCGCCCAGGGGAUAGUGUUUGGAUCCAUGACUAUCACCUUCUUCUUCUUCCUUCCAUGCUCCGGGAGAGAUUACCCAAUGCGGAGAUUGGAUUCUUCAUGCACACUGCCUUCCCAUCCUCUGAAAUCUUCCGGUGCCUCAAUGCCAGAGACGCGCUGCUCCAUGGUCUACUGGGUGCAGACCUGAUCGGGUUUCAGACGGAGGAAUAUUGCUACCACUUUCUCCAGUCAUGUAUCCGUCUACUCGGCCUGGAGGUAUCCGUCGAUGGUGUCCAGCUCGAGAAGAGGUUCGUCAACGUGCGGAACAUGCCCAUUGGCGUCGAUCCGAAAGCCCUAGAUCUGCUCCGCAGGUCUACCGAGGUCAAAGAUUGGAUCGCGAACAUCAGUUCCAGAUACAAGGGAAAGCACUUGAUUGUCGCCAGAGACCGUCUGGAUGCCCCCGGCGGUAUUAAGCAGAAGCUCAUGGCUUAUGAAUUGUUCUUGAAGCAAUACCCCAAGUGGAGAGACAAGGUUGUCCUUGUUCAAAUCGCUUCAGCCUCAGAGUUACCUGAGCUAGAAGCGCAGGUUUCGAAGAUAGCCAUGCGAAUCAACUCAGUGUACUCGAGUUUGACUCAUCAGCCGCUGGUCUUCCUUCGCCAAGAUAUCAGUUACUCCCAAUUCUUGGCUCUCAUGAGCGUCGCUGAGAUCUUUAUGGUCACCAGUCUGAGGGAAGGUAUGAACCUCAGCAGUCACGAUUACAUCCACUGCCAAGAUGGAAUCUUGACAUCGCAGCGCCAUGGCUCCCUCAUCUUGAGUGAGUUUACUGGCAGUGCCUCGAUCUUCAGCGGUCACGAACUCAUGGUCAAUCCAUGGGAUUACAAGGAGGUUGCCGACACGAUAGACAAAGCACUUGAGAUGACCCCCGAGCAGAAACAGCGCAACUGGGAGUUCCUGCUCGAAAAGAUGACUCCUCACACAGCUCUAGCCUGGUUCAACUCGUUCCAGUCCGCACUGACCAAAGCCCACAGCGCACAACUGUCUCGUGAACUCAGCCAGGUAAAGCCUCUUUCGCUCGAUGCGGUAAAAGGCGCGUACGACGAAUCCACUGCACGGUUGUUCUUCUUGGAGGUUGAGGGCACAGUCGCUUCCAGCCACGGUGGACCGGCUAGCCUAGUCUCUGUGCUUGAGCGGUUACUGGAGGACCCAAAGAACUUGGUAUACGUGACCAGCAGCAAAAGCCCCGAACAGCUCGAAUCCAAGCUCGAGUCACUAUCCACUAAAGUCGGAAUCAUUGCGGAGAACGGUUGUUUUGUACGACAAAUUGGAAACUCCAACUGGGAAACACUAGUAGACAUGGAGAAAGCCAAGGACUGGCGGAAUGGCAUCCGCAAGGUGAUCCAAUAUUACCACGAGCGGGUCGAGGGAAGUGUGAUGGAGGAAGGUCGCUGUCUGCUGAAUUUCUGGUAUCAUGAUGCACUUGACCCCGAGGCGGCCGCCCGCCAGGCUUCUGGCCUUGCCGAUCAGAUUAAUGGCACUCGAGGCAGUGAAGCCAUUCGCGUGGUCCUCACCGAGUGCGCAGUGAGUGUUGAACCCUUGGACAUGACGAAAGCCAAAGCGGCCGAUGCCGUCUUGCAACACCUGGAUCAGAUCCCGGACUUUUUGUUUGUGGCAGGCGGAGCUCGCGGCGAUGAAGCCCUGUUCCGAUGGGCGAACCGCCUUCAAACUGACGAGAAAAACCCCAGCGUCACCACUCUCACCGUGGGUACUCACGCCACAGAAGCAAGAGCCGUUACCCCCGAGGGAUUGGGCAUUGCUGACAUCGUAGAUGCUUUGGUCUUCUCUCUUCCCGAGGGUCACCUCGAUGGACAGUCCGAUGACCUCGUCACCAACACUUGUCCCGUCCAGGACGGACAUGAAGAGAACGAGCAGACUAACGGGCACGCUCCGGCAACACCUCCUCCCGUCUCCGAAAAGCAUCAUCCAAACGGAUACGCCACCCCUCCCAUGUCUCCGACUCCGGACUGGCAUCUUGUGGAACACUCGCCCACUCUGAAUGGCAUAAACGGAGUGACUCAAUCAUUAUGACCUGACAUCCUCACGUUUGAUACCGACCUCUCCCGAGGGCUCACUAACACCUGUCCUUCUACUUCUCUCUACUUACCUUUUUACCUUUUCAUGCAGCCUUAUCUCCCUCUCUUCUAUUCCCCGGUUCGAGAGAAACCCUGUAGCAUCUUCUUGCCGUGCCAUGAUAUAAUAUGACCUUAAUUUUCAGACACUACUAUAAUUACCUUCUCGGUAACAUUUUAUCACGUCUGUCUAUUUUAUUCUUUUUUUUUUUUUCCCUACCGCGGAUGUGACGUAUCACGGCGAAUGGAGACACGAUGAAAGCCAGAAGAUUUGCAAUGUGAUGUCGAAUGAUAUGUCUAGACUAACUAAAUCCCUUAACC